AUGGCAGUGCCAGUUGCCACCAUGGCCCAGGAUUUGCACACGGCCAGGCGUGCGCUGCUGGACGAUGGCCGCGCGGAAGAGGCCAUCACUGUCAACCAGCGUGCGCUGAUUGAUAAAAUCCUUGCGCGGUAUUCGGCAGAAUUUACCGUGUUUCGUGAGCUGCUGCAAAACGCGGACGAUGCAGGCGCAACAGACUGCGAGCUGCGAUUCGCGACGAGCGCCACCGUCGCGCAUACCUUGCUGCCUGCGCGGACAAAUCCCGGCCCGCAGGUCCCGGAUACCACGGCGCCACUGACGCAAUGGACUUUCCGGAACAAUGGCAAGCCGUUCAGCAGCGAUGACUGGAACAGGCUGCGACGCAUUGCGGAAGGCAAUCCGGAUCCCGACCGCAUCGGUGCAUUUGGUGUUGGCUUUUAUUCUCUCUUUAGCAUUUGCGAAGAGCCGAUCGUAUUUUCCGGGAGCGAGCUGAUGGGCUUUUUCUGGAAGGGAGAUGCGCUGUUCACACGACGCGCCAAUGUAUCGGACCCGCAAGUAUCGAGCAAUGGCGUGCCAUGGACAACAUUUCUUAUGGCACUGCGCGAGCCGACGCCGUUUCCUGAAUCACCACUUGCACUGUGCCGCUUUUUGGCCACGUCGCUCACAUUCACGGCAAAUGUACGGCACGUAGCGCUCUAUGUGGACGACCAGCUGCUAUGCCGUUUGGAAAAACACACUGGGUCGCCGCAGCCAGUGUCUGCGUCGCGCCACUUGAAUGGCCGCUCGCCGGGGAAACUGCUUCAGGUGAGCACGGUCGAAUCCAUCGCGCUGCGCGUAGAUUUGUACGUCGCACGCAUGGUGCUGUUGGAAGCAGCAGCCGAGGCCGAGCACGAGAAACCCAACUUGAAACAAACGCUCUUGUCUGCUUUUUCGCGCACGGCCGGCGCGGGGAUUACCUCUAUGCUCUCGAGUGCGUUUGGCGGGCUCACAACAAGCACGUCGAGCGCUGCAAACGACGCGCUCGAUGCACAGUCGCUUUUGGAAAUGGUGCACUCCACGCUACACCUCCGCAUUGCCACCGCACACAUUCGCGUUUCUCUCGACGCUGCAUUUUCCAGAGAAAUUGAGCGCAGCACCAAGAAACCGCUGCCAAAACAAACGUUGCUGCACAUGGUCUACAUGGGCAAGGAAGAAUAUGACGCGACGACCGCGUCGGAUGCCAAAGCAAGCGACACGCACUAUUCCGAUCUGGACAAGCAUACACGCCGCCUUUUUUCGGGGCUCAUGCCGAGCCUCGACGCGCAAGGCCGUGUGUUUAUUGGGUUCCGCACGCACCAGACCACCAGCUUUAGUGGGCAUAUGGCCGCACGUUUUAUUCCCACCGUCGAGCGCGAGUCGCUCGAUUUCGUCGAUCGGUACUGUGCGCGCUGGAACAUGGAACUGUUGGCCAUCGGCGGCUACCUUGCCAGGGUCAUGUACGAGGCGGAGCUGCAUCACAUCGGCGAGCGCUGGGCGCAAGGCACGCUGGACGCCGAGCACAAAGCGCACGUCGUUGCGAUGGCGCUCCAUGUGAUGCGCUUUUUUAGCUUCCAUGCUUCUUCGCCUUCGAAACGCGUCGCAGCGACGCUGGAAGACACAUUCUUUGCUUGCUGCUCAAAACCAUGCAUCUCGCUGCUCUCGACGCAUGGCGCGCGCUCGUCCGACCAAGUGCGAUUCCCAAGCGCACUACUCUCCGACUUUAUACAAUCUCUUCCCGUGAUUCCUGCAGAGCUCAUUGAAAAAGCAGAAACGUUUGUACUGCAGCUUCGCGCACGCGAUCUGGUGCGUGACAUCACGAUGGACGACGUGUUUGCAGAGCUUGGCGGCCGUGCUUUGUCGGUACCUGAGAUGGUUGCGUGCCUGAAUUGGUGGAUCAUGGUCGCAGAGCACCCUUCGUACGACGCUGCAUUGCUUCCCCGCUUACUCCAAAAUGCUAUGGUUAUGAUGGAGCCCGAAGGAGACGCAGUGUCGCGCAUCCAAGCGCUCUCGGAUGUACGCACCGUACUGCACACACAAAAAGUGCCGCCGCACGUCCCAUUGCCCCCUACUUGUCUUGUGUACCCAGUUUCGCGCCAGCUGCGCGUCCACGAACUGCAGCAAGUAUUUGGCUGGAGCGAGCUGAGCAUGGCCGAAUGGAUUGACUACAUGAUUUCGCUCGACACAUCGCCAGCGAAGCAAGUCGCCGAGCAGCACGGACUUACACACGACGCGGCGAAUGCAGAAAAAGUGUUUGGCACACUCGCAUGGGCGUGGAGCAACUUGCCGAAUGCGCAGCGUACACAUAUUGCCGCAGCGCUGGAAACGCUGCCGUGCAUCCCAACGCGCCUAGGGAUGCGCAAGCCAAACGACGCCUACUUUUCCAGCGUGUCCCUCUUUGAAGAUCUCGCCGUGGUGACGUUUCCUACACUUGCCGUCAAAGGAAAUCUGGAAAAGGUACUCGACGCGCUGCAUGUUCGCCGGCACGUAGAAAUUCAGCUCAUCUUUGACCGACUGAUUGCCGCGGGCGAUUGGUCGCAUGCUGAGCUGAUUGGGUAUCUUACCAAGCACCGCGAUCUCUUGAGCAACGUGGAAUGGGAGCGUCUGCGCAGCACCGCCAUUUUUCCAAAAGAGGACAUGGACGGGAACAAGCGGUACCAAGCCGCGGAGCUGUACGAGCCCGUAGAAGAGUUGCGCGCGCUUGGCCUUCCCGUUUUGGACUGGGGGCGCUCCUGGCGCACCAACUCGGACGAGGCACGCUUCCUUGCUACACUCGGUCUCCGAAAGCAGCCGCCGCUUGCUGAUAUUCUCACGCUUGCAUCGGCGGUUAACACGGACGCAGCGCUCCGCCGGCGUGCAUUCCAGCAUCUCCUCGACAAGUUUAGCGGCGUGUACGCGGCUACGUAUACCAUGUCCAUUGCUAGCAAGCACGCGUUUGUUCCUGUCAAGGACAAAGGUGUACUGCUGCCGCCCUCGCAGGUAUAUACAGACGGAGGCGUCGCUGCAAUGGACUUUCCCGUGGCCGACGUCGCGCCUGUAGAUGCGCUCAAGCUGAAACUGCGCGCGCACCCUGAGAGUGCACAGCUGGUGCAGCGCUUGCUGCAUGUGCCACCGACGCAAGAGGACCAUGCACGCCACAUAUUCGUCUUUCUUGCGUCCGUGCGCGAAUUCACGCAAAAAGACCUUGCGGAGCUGCGCUGCAGAAAUGUGAUUCCAGUGCGCCGCAAAGAGUCUGUCGGUAUGGUAGCGCCGCGCGACUGUUACUUUAUGCCCACACACAGUCAAUCCAUUGCCCCGCAGUACCGCGAAAUUUUCCACUACAUUGACUUUGGCCCUACCGCCGCUGUGUUUCUGCGCAGCAUCGGCGUAACCGACGAGCCGAGCGUGGAAGAGCUCACGCGGAAACUGGUGUCGGAUCCUCCGCGCUUUUACGACCUGUGCGGCUCGACAGAGACGUACCUCGAGGUGCUGCGCCGAAUCGCCACGCACCUGGACGCGCUUUCCUCCGAUACAAUGUACACGAUAAAGCGCACGCCAUUCCUGCUUGCGUUUCGCAAAGGCAGCGCUGAUGACGAGGGCGGCGGCGCGCAAGAAUACGCGCUGCGCUGCCCGCGCGAUGUCGUGAUUGUGGACGACGCUCACGCACAUAUGUUGUUUGCCGCACACAUGUAUGCUGCGCCGCACGAUGAUGUGCUGGAGGAGCUGUUGUAUGCGCCGCUUGGGGCACAGUAUCUUUCCUCCCUCGUCGAUGAAUCGUACACAACAGCGGGGCAAUAUCUCGCCGAUACGCCUAAAGCGCAGCAGGUCCACGACACGAUUUUGGAGCGCACGCCAUUGUUUUUGUUUGAGAAAACGAUUGCGAGCAGCAAAGAGGUCCAGCACGACUAUACUUGGCUGAAGCGUAUGUUGCAUGUUGUCGAAGUGGACGGCGAUGGCCUGCAGCUUACACGCACAUUUUCAAGCGGCGACACACAGUGCAAGGAUGUGCAGCGGUGCUCUGCCAUGGUUACUCUCACGCGCAAGUCGCUUGUGCUGCACGUCGCAGGAAAUAUGGACGUAGAUUGGUUUGAGGUUGCGCUUGCGCUGAACAAGCACUUGCUUACCAGGCAGCAUUUGCAAGAAGUGCUUCUGUUUAUGACGGUCCUUUCUACGCCACUGCAGAGUCUUAAACGCAAAGGGUUCCAUGUGGAUAAGAUUAUGGCGCAGCAGCGGCAAACGCCGAGUGCGCCAGUGAUCGCAGCGCCGCAGCUAGACUUUGACGGAUGGACGAAGGAGUUGCUACAGAUGUUUCCGGAUGCGGAGCCUGGGCAUGUCAACCAACUUUUGCGCGUGUUUGAAAAUGAUCACUUGCAGCAGGCGGGAAGUGCGCUCUUACAGGGGAAUUAUCCACGCGUGCAAACGCAGCGCAAAAGCGAAGCGCCGCGGCCGAUCGAGCGCACCGCUGCCACGGCACCUUUGCCCCCUCCGGUGCCUGCAAACUUGAAGGAGCCCUCGCAAAUCCCAAUGCCACAGCCGCCCAUUUCCAGCGGCGGUCUUUUUCAGAGCUGGAAGCAGCGGCUGGGCAAUGGCAAACUCUCCUCCCUUGCGUCCGGCUCCUCGUCUAUUAAAUUACCAGGACAAGCUAAUGGCCACCGCAUAUCCACUUCUACGCCGCCUGUAUUGCCACCGCGGCAAGACACCGAGCAUGUCGCUUCUUCUGCAAACAUCCGGCAGCAUGUACAGCAAGCGAUCCAAGCAUCGCGCCCUGAAUCCGCGCGCGUCAUCCAGUCCAAGACGCAAGAGCAGGAAGUCCGUCACGCAGCGUCAACCUACUGCGACGUGACCGGUGUAAAUACAAACCUUCGCCUCGCCGGCCGAGUGUCUGGCAUGAGUGUCUAUGUAAGCGCCGAGCUCGACGCGGGACAGACGCUUAACACGCACAUGGAAGCACUAUACCGCCUUAUCGAUCUUGUCUACCGCCCCAUCGGCACACUUUUCGGCGUCGACCAGCGCUGCCUCAGUGUCUUUUACGAUACAAAAGGGCCGAGCAUUGCAUUCAACCGCGGCGGAAGCAUCUUUCUGAACUUGCGCUACUACCUUGCGUGGCACGACGCUAAUGUCCAGCAUGGACGCCUCACCGAGCCUUUGAUCUCCGUCUACUUUUCUAUGGCCCACGAACUUGCGCACAACCUCGUCGCUGAGCACAACUCCGAGCACGAGUUUUACUUUUCGAGCAUCGCCGAGCAGCACGUGUUGCGCCUCGUCGAGGCACUUGCACGCGCGCAGCAAAAUGCUUUGUAA